AUGAGAACACAUAAGGAGUGGGGGAUGAGGAGAGGAGGUGGGGGGGUGGCCGCAGCGUCCCCUCUUACUAAGCCCCACAUCCCCACCCCCAAUCAACCACCCUCCUUCAACCUCACCCCCCAUUUCAGCCGCCCCCUUGAACCGCACCCCCUCCCUCCCUUCCUUCCUCCACACCCCUGCCCCACCCACAGUUGUCUCUGCCCUGUCCUUCACACGGCAGCCAGCCCUCCCGCCCCCCCGUCCCCACCACCUACCCCCCACAGUAGCAGCCGCGGGAGGGGAGAGGCAGGGCAGUGGGUGGUGCUCUGCUGGCGGGGUUCUCUGCUGGCGGGGUUCUCUGCUGGCGGGGUUCUCUGCUGGCGGAGUGCUCUGCUGGCGGGGUUCUCUGCUGGCGGGGUUCUUUGCUGGUGCUGGUUCCUGGUGCUGGCGCUGGUGCUGGUGCUGGUUCCUGGUGCUAGCGGCUGGCGCUGGUGCUGGUUCCUGGUGUUGGCGGCUGGCGCUGGUGCUGGUUCCUGGUGCUGGCGGCUGGCGCUGGUGCUGGUUCCUAGUGCUGGCGGCUGGCGCUGGUGCUGGUUCCUGGUGGUGGCGGCUGGCGCUGGUGCUGGUUUCUGGUACUGGCGGCUGGCGCUGGUGCUGGUUCCUAGUGCUGGCAGCUGGCGCUGGUGCUGGUUCCUGGUGCUGGCGCUGGUGCUGGUGCUGGUUCCUGGUGCUGGCGGCUGGCGCUGGUGCUGGUUCCUGGUGCUGGCGGCUGGCGCUGGUGCUGGUUCCUGGUGCUGGCAGCUGGUGCUGGUGCUAGUUCCUGGUGCUGGUGCUGGUACUGGUUCCUGGCGCUGUGAGCCGCGACGAGGCAGCGUGACGGGGAAGGGCGACGGGGAAGGCAGCGGCGGUUCGAGGGGCCGACGGGGGGCAAGAGCAGCGGCGCGAAACAGCGGGUCGACGAACGUCGUUACUCCCGCCACGACCGUCGCGUCUGUCACGACUACCAACCUCACCCCAGCCCCCCCCUUUCUUCCUCCAGACCCCUCCCCACCCACGCAGCCGUGGGAGAGGAGAGGCAGGGUAAAGGGUGGUGCUGGAGUGCCUCACGGCGGCCACCCCUUCCACACCACCUCCCCCCCCACAGCCGGAGUCGCCGAAGGGAAGGCGACGGAGAAGCGCAGAGAGGCCGCACGAGGCGGCACAGCAGCUGCAGUCGCGGAAUAUGCAGCCGCUACAGUAGCAUAG